CAUAGAUAAACACGACACGUAUAUUGUGUCGAGUUUCAUGCUCAGCUGUACUAAUAUAAAUGGGCUAAAAGUAAAUACAUUCCAGCAGAUUUCAUACUGUAGUAUAAUUCUGCUUUUUAGUUUAGUCAGCCCGCGUGUCUCUUGGUCCUCACAGGCUAAAUGGAGACAGACAGAUGUGUGGUUCUGGCCACAGAGAGAUAUGGCAGCUCCGAGUCCUGGAAGUAUUGUGCAGGCGAUGCAGUGUUAGAGAGGAGAAGAGACGAGAGGGAAGGGGAAUCAAGAGGAAACGUCAUUGUUCGAAGUUUCAAAAGUGUCUUUCUGCCUCAAGGCUAUCCAGAAAGCGUCAGUGAGGAUUACGUGCACUACCAGUUCUGGGAUACUGUGCAGGCUUUCUGCAGCUCUCUGUCAGGGACUCUGGCCACUCAAGCUUCUCUCAAAGGUGUGGGUGUUGGAAACCAAGAGGCAACAGUGGCAGCAGCCACAGUGACCUGGCUACUAAGAGAUGGAACUGGCAUGUUGGGAAGAAUCCUCUUCGCUUGGCAGAAAGGGAGUAAAUUAGACUCCGAGGCCAAAAAAUGGAGACUUUUUGCUGAUGUUCUCAAUGACAUUGCCAUGUUCAUGGAAAUAUCGGCUCCAUACUUUCCUGCUUGCUUUACCCUGAUUGUGUGUACUGCAGGGGUAUUCAAGUCUCUUGUUGGAGUGGCAGGCGGUGCGACCAGAGCUGCUCUGACGGUUCACCAGGCUCGCAGAGACAACAUGGCUGACAUCUCCGCCAAAGAUGGCAGUCAGGAGACUUUAGUGAAUCUGGCUGGACUACUGAUCAGUUUAAUCCUCAUUCCCCUUGUCACUGAUAAUCCAAUACUGACUCUCAGCCUCUUCUUCUUCUUCACCAUUCUCCAUCUCUUCGCCAACUACAAGGCUGUGCGCGCGGUUGUCAUGGAUACCUUUAACGAGGCGAGGCUUUCAAUCGUGCUGCAGCAGUACCUUCGAAACAAACAGAUCCUGUGUCCACUGGAGGCCAAUCAGAGAGAACCAGUUCUUCUGGAGUUUAGGAAAACUAUGCCAAUAAAACUUGGUGUGAGGCUACAGGAGGUUGUACAAAGUCCGGCUGAACUGAAUUUGGCUUUGAAGGAAAACAACCUGCCUUACCUGUUGGGAGUAAGAAAUGGAUGUGUACAUGUUUGUUUGAGACCAGAAGCAUCAGUACAUGAUGAAAUCAGAGCGAUGUGCCAAGCUGUGUGGCUCAGCAGCGUCCUGAGCCCUCUGACUUCCAGAGAUCAUCCGAAACAGAAGAGUAACUGGGAAAUGGUGCAUGAGAGUCACAAGUUGAUGGACACCAUUUUCAAUCCAUUUCUCACAGGUGUGGAAGCUGCAGGAUGGGACAUAAAACGAACUUUGCUUGACUGGGACGAGUGGAGAGUGGAGUGGAAAACAAAAAGCAAUUGAGCUAUGAGACUUCUGCAGUGCAUUGUUUAUUGAACAUUUCUUAAUGAUAAUUAAACGGUGACAUUUUUAAGUAUCCCUUGUUUGAUAUUUUUUGUAAUCAAUUUGUAUGAUAAAUGUAAAAUGAAAAACAUAUUUUUGUAUGUGAGGACUUUGAUUUUUACGGGUAUAUUAAAAUUCAAAGCUGGAGGGUCAGUGAGUGAAUGUUAAUUGAAGGGAAUUGCUCAAGUUUUUUUUCAUUCUUGUCUUAAACUGUACAAUACAUUGCAUGUAAAUGUGUUUAAAUGUGUCAAAUAAACAAAAUAUGACUGCCA